AUGCAGAAUUAUUAUUCGCCUUCUCUACCGAUUUACUCUGAUUUCUUCUUACAGAGGAGAAAUCAAUAUCAGGAUAAAAGUUCAUUCCGACAAAACUCAUAUUUCUCGCCGUACUAUCCAAUACAAUUUUACUCACAAACUAAUAAUUAUCCCUGGAAUAUCUUUAGUCAAUAUGAACGUUACAACACAGGAUUCAUCCAGUCAAGUCCAAUCGACAGCCGUUACCUAUAUCAGUAUCCUCGACCAUAUCACAGCCAAAUCCAUGAAGGUUAUCCAAGACGUUCGUACAAUAAUAUAUCAUUAUCGACGUAUUCAAGAUUGUUCUAUUCAAACGACUAUCAAAAUAAAAUUUAUCAAUAUGACAAGAGAUCUUCCUCUCAUCGACGACCAACUAAGAAAGAUGCAAAAAUCUCAAUCCUCAACACACGUGCACGUAUUGAAGAGCACCCUAACUUACCACGCUUUCCAUGUACUUCAUCUAAUAUUUCCAACUAUGCCAACUAUUCUCAUCUCAAUCCACUACCACCAAAGAUUCGAGUCAUUUUCAUUCCACCAGCUACAUCACUUCCACAACAACAACAACAACAACUAUACAACUUGACACCAUGCAUACCACCAUUCUUGUUCAAUCGCAUAUCUCAACCUCAAUGUUCGCUUCCUUUGCCACCACCAUUACCACAAUUAUCAUCAUUACCAUUAUCACCUGCUGUUCAACAAAUGGUUAUGCAGCAGUACUCGAAUCCAGUGGCCAUUCUUUCGUCAAAUGAUAAUGAGAUGCCAGUGGGAACCAUUGCCUGCCAACCACCAAAUAAUUCUUAUCCAAGCACCUGUCGUGCAUGCGUUCCAGCGCCACCUCCACUCACUGUUCCAGUCACAGGUCAUUGUUGGGUGCAACACUGCUCAGCAUGUCAUCACGUUCCGACUGAUGUUUCAAAUCCAAAUGAGCGACCACACAACCAUGGCCGAAUGACACCAUUGCUUCGUCAACCCACUGUGGAACAGUACAUAUACGAUGAGAGAAAUCAACAAUACUCUCAUCAGCAACAACAAUCACCGCAGCAACAUUAUCCUCAUAUCAAUAAUUCACAAGCAAGACAAAAUUCGUGGUCAAAUAACUUACCACCACUUCCGCCAGGUGCAGUGAUUAUUUCGGAUGAAUACAUUACGGAAGAUCAACCAUAUGGAACCUAUAGUUCAUCAAAUCCAUACACACAAUACAGUCAACAUAGAAGCAACCGAGACGAUCAAAAUUGUGCUAGUGGUUCUAGAGGCUCUUAUACAGAUUCAUCUUGUUCUACUGGUAGCUCAUCAUCAUCAUCAUAUUCAAAAAAUUCGUCAAGAAAUAAGUAUAAUAGAGGAUCGACAACUACAAUGGACUCAUGUAUACAUCAACCUAAUAGAGUACAUACCUCUCGCUGGGACGCUCACAAUAAUCUAAAGUCGGAGUUGGUAUCACAAAAUGAUAAAGCUCGUCAAGUAUUAUCAAAUUAUGGCAUGUCACCUAAACAAAACGAAAGAGAUAACGGACAGAUAAAAUCAUCAGUUACAUUGAAUAACCAAAACAGGACAAAUUUGAAAGUAAACGUAUCUUCUCUGAACACCUUAGAUUCACAAGAUUUCUUUUCAACUCCUGUUUCAAAUCUACGUUCACUAGACGCAAUUUCCAUGACAACCAUAACGACCGAAGACGAAGCAUUGUAG